CAGAUGACGUUUCAGGUCAAAGGAGGAGGUCAUUCGUAUAAUCAGGAGUUUUCGUCGACACCGGGAGUUCAAAUCUCAAUGAGCUGGUUCAAUGAAGUCGUAUACGAUGCUUCCACGUCGUCGGUGUCGGUUGGGAGUGGCCUGAUAUGGGACGACGUAUACGCGGCUCUCAUCCCUCUUGGGGUGAACGUUGUGGGAGGUCGUUCUUCGGGAGUUGGGGUGGCUGGACUGACUCUGGGUGGUGGAUACUCCUAUUUGUCGAACCAGCACGGUUUAUCUCAUGACAACGUCCUGGGAUAUGAGGUUGUAGUACCCUCUGGUACCGUCGUCAACGUCACUGAGAAUGCUUAUCCGGACUUGUUCUUUGCGUUGAGAGGAGGCUACAACAACUUUGGCAUUGUCACACAGUUCACGUUGCGGACAUACCCUCAAGGUCCAGUAUGGGGAGGUAUGGUAGUAUACUCGGCGGUGCACGUGGAAGAGGCUACUGCAGCUGCGGCAGCAUUUACCUCCGUGACCGAUGCGAACGCAGAGCUAAAUUUUGUAUACGCAUGGACCGCGGGGCAGCUCACUGCGACAGCGGUGCUAUUUUAUAAUGGUCCGACCCCGCCUGCCGGCAUUUUCGAUCGGUUCUUGGAUAUUCCCGCAACAAUUUCGGACGUUUCCACCAGAAAUUUCACGUCCAUGGUUCUCCUCAGCCCGGACACACCUCAUGCCAGCGGUCAUAGAGGACGGUUCGGAACCGUCCCCGUCAUCAAGUAUUCUGACAAGUUCUUGAAAGCCGCCUUGAACGAGACCGUGUUCUGGGGUACUGCACUCGCUCAGAUAGAUCCCACUGCUCAACACGUGUUCAUCAUGGAGCCCUUUCUCCCUUCCGUGCUAUCGCAUGGCGCAGCGUCAGCAUAUCCCGUCACGCGGGAAAUUACCUUCCUUCCAUCGCUGUUGCAAGCAUUCUACACAGACCCGGCCGCGAACCAGAUCUUUCAGCGCGCGAUGCAGCAAUCAACGGCUUACCUUCACGACGUAGCCAUCGACAUUGGAGAUUCCCUACCGUUCGAUAGCAAAUAUGUUGUUGUUUACGGCAACUACGCAAACGCGGAAACUCGUGUUGAAGACAUCUAUGGGGCAAAUUUGGAUAGACUGAGGGUAAUCAAGCAACGUUGGGACCCGGAGAACGUGAUGGGACUUACCGGCGGUUGGAAGAUAAUACCUUGA